AUGGCAACGCCUCGUAGAAAUGGACAGCUGUCCUCAUGCGAGCCUUGCCGGAAGUCCAAACUACGAUGCGACCACCAAAGUCCCAUCUGCGGUCGAUGCCUCUGUCACGGCCAGGCCGAACGGUGCUUCUACCAUCCUGCUCCACUAACUCAGCCGCGCGCACGAACCUCCAGGGUGAUCUCGCGGAGACCCAAGAGGCAGCAGCGCCCGGACAAUCAGUUGGUUUUUCGUUUGGAUCAAAAGAUUUCCAGCACAGCCGCGCCAAGCCCACCGUCAGGUUUACCACCGCUUACAGGUGAGGGGGAUACGCUACGCGACCAGCAUAUCGCGCGAUGGACUCCAAAGGAGAAGAAGAGUCUGGGACCGGGAGUUCUAGGGUUGGUGUCCCCAAAAGAUAUAUUCCGGGAGUAUGAAGAUAUCCUGCGUGCCGAGGAACCAGACAACAUACCAACAGCCACAGUACCAACAACUACAUCUUCACCGAGCGACCCCAAUCAGGCGUUGCUAGGGGUCCAGGUUCUAUCACAUCUGCAGAAGAUCAGUUGGUUCCAUGAGAUCAUUGAAUUGAAGAACAAGAUAUCCCCGGGAUGGUUUCUCGGUCCUCCCUUGACUCGCGCCUUGUGUGAUUCUAUGGAGCAAAUGUAUGAUCGUGCAGUCCGCAACUCUCGGGAUACACAUGCAGCGCUGGCCACCUUGUCUCGUCAAAUAUUUGUCAACACAUCGAAAGAUGUCCGAACACAUCCGACCAUGAAUUUGCCUGAGUAUUUCGAUUCAAUAAGCGCGAGAUGGGAGACAGUCGGACUUGUCUUCGCGCUGUUGGGGACAGCAUUAUUCCAUACACCCGACGAUGACCCGAUCUUCACCCAUCGCAACCCGUGGAAACUUGAAAAAUGCCAGCUUAGAAAUAUCGCCACCGCCGUUGGAGAGAUUUGCUGCCAAUUUUGCAAUGGUGCUGGGACCACCAGCGAUCCAUUUUGCUGGCUCGUGAACCAGCAAAUAUUGACUUUGAUGUAUGGUGACAGCGACUACAGGGUUUGGCAAAGACUCGGAGAUCUAUCUACCAUCGUUUACGCGUUCGGUUUGCAUCAAUCCGGUGAAGACAUUGAAGAAAAAUUUCCGUUCUUCUUGGUAGAGAUACGAAAGCGAGUCAUGGUGUGCGCAUAUGCAAUUGAUAAGGAGCUAGCGACUUCUUUGGGGCGCCCCCCCCGGAUUUGCUCUCGAUACUGUGUUAUACCGCUCCCCUUGGAUAUAAGCUAUGAGGAUAUGGUGCUCUCACGCAGCGAAGCAGAGAAGGCAUUUCAGAAUCUCGACGCGAAUGGUUGGAACACCGAAGGGAAACUGACCGUUGGCGUCAGGCUUCGCAUCGUGCUACUGACAAGUUUGCUGCGAGAAAGUAUCCUAGAACUGUCUUUGAGUCCUACAACUCAGCACAUCCUAGCUAGAGCUGAAAAGUUGAUUCAGGAAUCCCGCCAAACGCAACAAGACCUUCCAUCGUUUUUGCACUGGGCCCCAGAGGAAGCUGCAGCGGGUGCUUACAGAUUUGCAAGAGACGAGGGCCGCAUCUUUGCUCACAUAGAAUUUACAUACCAGGAGUUUCUGCUGCAUCGAAUCUUGCUAAAGCGCCUUGGGAUAAACUCACAAGGUCUCAUUGAGAGCUCCUUGGAAAUAGUCACCACGCUGUUAGACAUUAUCGCCAUGCAGACCCGGCCUGCUCACUUGAUGGCGAAUAUGUCGUGGGAUUUAUGCUACAUGGGUCUUCCUGCUGCAGGCAUCCUGACUUCGAAACUGCUCUCGGAUAAUAGCUCUCAGAUGUCGAAUCCAUCAUCUACGCCGUUUCCUGCCAACGGUCGUUCGCUUACUAUCCAGAAGCUCAAUAAUUUUGUCUCUCAUCUAACCUUCCUCGUGCCGCCGCACGAAAGGGGUUAUGAGAUUGCCCAACAAGGAGCGAGAUUUAUUCGUCGUGUGCUCGAUCGAAUCCUUUCUCCUGCGUGUCCCCAGCCGGCCCCAUUGAUGCCAGAUAUUGAACUGUCUGAAAAUUGGCUUGACGGUUGUGAUUUGAACGGUGAUCUCGAUUUUAUGGCGUGGUUUGACAACAUCCACUGGUCACAGGAUCCUUUGUUAAACUUCACCUGA